AUGGAAGCCGUAAAGAGAGCUAAAGAAAGAUUUGCGAAAUAUCCCGUAAUAUUUUCGAAGUGUUCGAAACAAGCGUCAGUGUAUGCUCGAUGUGUUCUGGUCAGGGAAGAUUCUGUUAAGAAAGACGAUUGUGCAAAGGAAUUCAAAGAAUUCCAAGCGUGUUUGACUUCAGCAGCCAAAGAUUUAAAAACUAGAAUUUAAUAUGGAUAAACUAAAUAAAUUUAUCAAUUGGGAUUUUCAAACUCAUUUAAGAAUAGGUGCAUUGAUUCGCUUCCUACUUGUUAUAUACAGUAGUUAUCACGACAGACACUUUGACGUUCCUUACACAGACGUAGAUUACAAAGUAUUUAUUGACGCCGCAAAACACGUUUACGAUGGAAACUCGCCAUAUAAAA